CGCGCAAUCCUGAGCUUCCUGUGUUUUUACUGGAAGCGAGGAGACUGUUCACCAAAAGCGGGAGCUGCAAAUUUUUUGUCCUUAAAAAUUCAUCACUUUCUUACGAAAAACCUUUCUUAUUUGAUCUUUUACUACCCAAAGAAUAUUAGUAUAGUAAAAGCUUCUAAUAUUGCAAUGAGUUUAAAACGAAUAAGGCCUUUUGGAGGGGGUUUUCAGGUGAAGAAGAGAUCCAAAGUGACUCAAAUCUCGUCGAGGUCUGCUGGUGAUGAUCAACUUGAUAAACAUGAAGAUAUACCAAAUGAUACUAAAGCAGCAUUGAUGUACCUCAAGUCCAUAUUCCCUGUUAAUGCUUUCAGGGGAAGAAUACCAGCAAUAAUUCUAAAACAUCAGUUAUACAGUAUUAUAAAGGACAAGACUAUUGUAGAUCGUCAACUUAAUGAUAUGUGGGAGAAGAAUGAAGUAAGACUAUUCAAACUGACAUCAGGAUCAGAUGAAUUUGCUAUAGUAAUGACUAGUGAUUAUCUUGCACAUGUUAAAUCAAAGACGACAGAAAACACUAGAAAAACUGCAGAGAAAUUUUUAUCUUUUGUUUUACCUAACUSUAUUGAUGUAAGUUUUGGCAAAAGCACAUUGGUUGAUAAUCAUAAAUUAACAGAGGAUGAAAUAACCCAUCUAAUCAACAUGGGUGUUUUAGCUGUGCGAGAUGUUGGUUCAUGGUGGCUCAGCAUUCCAGGCGUUGGUGCAUAUAUGAAAAACUUUAUGAAAGGUCGUAAGGCUUUGAUACGCUUGCUCAAAAACAGGAAAUACAAAGAAAUCCUUCAAAAAGAUCUGGAAACCAGAAGUUUAUCAAAUCAGUCCAAACUAGGAAUGACAUACCACCUACAUGAUAUUAUUGGUGCCGAGCUAGUGAAAAGCAUUGAGACUACUUCUGGUCAGCUUCUUCGACUAGAAAGGACAUGAUAGGAAACUCCUGCUUACAUUAUAAUGCAAUAAACCUCUUUACCUUGGUUGUAAUGUUUUCCUAUUUUAGACAAUGUGUCAUAUUCUCGAGAAUGACAUUCUUUGUUUUGGGUUGUAUCCAUACUCAUGUGUCUUCUCAUGCGUAAUUGUUAAACGAAGAAAUGAUACUCUAGAGAAUGACACAUGCUAUGAAAUGGGUAAACAUUAUGCAGUCCCCAAGGUAAAUAGGUAUAUUUAUGUGGCUUAGGUCAAUCAAGGGACUGGUCAUAAGGAAUAAGUAUUUUCACUACAUUUCUUAUAAAGCUAUUUCAAAAAAGGUUGAACACUGAAUAUGGCUUACUGAAUAGUGCAUUCCAAGACCAAAGGUCAUUAAUUUGAAAUAAAAAGUAAAAAAUGUACAACAAUUAAAUCUCUAUAUGUAGUUAGUAUAUUGUUUCAGAUGGAAUACACUAAAAAUAGAAUAAAUAAUUAUUAAUCCUACUUUAGACAAUGUCACUAUGACCCACAAUGCACUUCAGUCUUGGAAUGCACUAUUCAGUAUGCAGUAUUCAGUAUUCAACCUUUUUUGAAAUAGCUGUACUUUCCUUUGAAUUUUAUAAUGUACUAAUUUACCUGUAAGAUAUAUUUAUAUGGAUAUAAGGACGUUAUAUAUGGCACAUGUACAGUGUGUAUAAUAUUGUAAAAAGGUUUUGUUAUGACCAAAAGGGUCAAAUUAAAUUCUUUCUUUGACUUAAGAAACUGAGAAUAUGAGAAAAUGUCAGCUGAAGUGAAGGUGGACUUUGAUAUUGACAAUGGUAUUGCCAUUGUAUCUGAUGAUGAUGAUGAUUGAUGAUGAUGAUGAUGAUGACUGAUGAAGAUGUUAUGGAAUAUGAUGACUAAUUAUGGUGAUUAUGGUGGUGGUGGUAUGGUAUGGAAUAGUGAAUAAAGUCUGAGAACAAUGAUGAUGAUGAUUGUAGCUGAUUACGACUAACUAUGAUGCCAAUAACGAUGGUGGUGGUGGUAUGGUAUGGUAUGAUGGCUAAUGAUAAUAUUGCUGCAGCUGAUGAUGAUGAUAGAAUGUUGAAUAAACAUGAGAUGACGAUGAUUGCUGCUGCUGUUGGUGGUGGUGGUGGCUGUCUAGCCUUGUCCUUUUCAUUACAGUUCUACAAGGUAUUCUUGCCCAGAGAGUGAGCGCCAGGUUUCUUCUGGUAAUCAAUGAUUCUAUGAAAAGUGAAAUAAUCAUUAGGAUAUUAUUAAUCAAAAUUCAUAACCCUGUGAAUCAAAGGUGGCCCAGUGGUAGCACAUUCGCCUCUGGGGGCUCAGGAUUGAUUCCCAGAGUCGGCAUCACAUGUGAGUAGAGUUAGGUCUCUCCCUUGAUUCAAGGGUUUUUCCCUAGUUUUCCUCCCUCCUCAAACACACCAAGCUAAAUUCCAAUUCGUCUGUGAUCCAGUCUUUCCAUGCCUUUUUAACAGCCUUGAGGUUGUUUCAGGCUAUCAAUUAAACUUKAAGGUGUUUUCCUGACGCUAACCUGAUUGUCACAACAAAAAGCAUAAUUCUUGCCAUUCUUACCUCUCAUAUACAGGGCUUUCUGUUUUAGGCUCAAGAUUUUCCCUAAAACAAAGAAAUAAAAGUUUCAAAAGAAAUUGGUAGAAUGCAAACCAUAUAUCAUGUAAAAUAGUACUAACUAAUGAGUACAAAAUAGCACCAAUGAAACAAUUGAAAACAAAAUUAGAAAUAGAUGAGUUUCAGUGUUAUUUAGUUCAUGUGCUAUUUUAUAGAUAUAUGGUUCACACUCCUCCUCGGGAACCCAGGGGUAAAGUUCUGUCGCGAGAAAGGAGCGACAGAAUUUUACAACCUGGGUUCCUGAGGAUGGGUUUGCACUAUAAUGGGAAUAUUCUCACUUAUUCUCACUUCUAAUGGAAGUAUUCUCACUUAUCCAGCCGAAUGAAUUUCAUGACACUGCUUUAUCAUAUAACUUAUGCCCAGAUAGUUAUUUAUGUGUAUCGAAAAAAGUUGUAGGGAUAAAGGACCAGUUUUGGAUA